AUGUCCUAUUCCACGAAGAAGUCCCUCGCAUAUGCAUGCAGGUCUCGCCAAGUUCAUAGAGAGGUUGAGGCUAUGGAAUUUGUUCGCCAACGUACAUCUAUCCCCUCCGUUUUUGAAAUUUAUGUCAACGAGAACGAUGCGAGUCCAAGCAGCUGGUUCUCUAUGAGCGCGAUUUCUGGAAGUCCUCUCACGGAUGCUUGGCCCAGCAUGAACGACGAAGCACGCAGAGCGACCCAGGCGGAUCUUCGCAGCUACCUCCACGAACUACGGACCGUGCCUUCUCCGACGCCAGCAUACAUUGGGUCUUGUAGUGGUGGUUCAGCAUACGAUCAUCGCCUCAACAGGGUUAUUGAAAGGCCGUGGCCUAGAACUCGCCUAUUCGCGCCGAGAUAA